AUGUCUUCCAUAACUACAGAAGAUGGAGGAUGCGAUACACCCACAUACAGUAGUGUUUGCGGUGGAUCAACAACCAGUUCCCCUCCGAGGCAUCUGAAUACAUCCCGCUCUAUGGAUUGUCCUUGGAAAGGCAGGUCAUUCAUCAUUCGUGAUUCUAAUACAAGCCUUGUUAUUGGGCUCCAAAAAGGUAUCCUACGCCUUGUGCCUGAACACAGUGAGCGUGGGUGCGGUAUUCAUUGGUCGUGUGUCGAAUCUGACGGGAUGUUGCUGGGAUUUCAAAACAUGGUUUCUGGCACCUUUAUCGGGCAUAAUAACAGGGGUAAACUCAUCGCGGGGGCCAAGUUGCACCGGGACUGGGAAUCCUUUUGUGUGCGAGAACAUCCAGAUGGCGGCUAUCUCCUCCUCGUGAAGCAGGGCAGUGGGUUCUUGCCGAUGCGGAUAGACGGGGGCACAGAGCUUGUGGUCAGCAAUAACAGAGAUGAGGGCGUAGUAUGGGAGUUUACUCGUGUCGAAGAUGAAUCUUCUAUUUGA